AUGCUGAUCCCUAUUAUAAUCACUUCUCUCGUCUUAUCGAUCAAUGCUGCUUCUAUCGUAUCCCGUUCACAGUCUUACCCAUUACCUCGAUCCGGUGUACUUGGCCCCAAAACUACAAUAACCAUUGGAAAUAAGGUCAUCGCUCCCGAUGGCUUCGAACGCUCAGCAACUCUUGUUGAUGGCACAUUCCCUGGACCCUUGAUUGCAGCCCAGAAGGGAGAUGACUUCGCCAUUGAGGUGGUCAAUGAGCUCACAGACGAGGCGAUGUUCAAGAGUACCAGUGUCCACUGGCACGGUAUCUUCCAGAACGGGACGAAUUACGCCGAUGGGACGUCCUUCGUCACACAAUGCCCUAUUGCCCAAAACCACUCUUUUUUGCACUCUUUCUCCGCCCCGAACCAGGCGGGCACUUACUGGUAUCAUAGUCAUUAUUCCUGUGAUGGCCUGAGGGGACCCCUGGUAAUCUAUGAUCCUCAUGACCCUUUGGCAUACAUGUACGACGUCGACGAUGCAAGUACCGUAAUCACACUUGCCGACUGGUAUCACGUUGUGGCCCCCGUCUUGCGCCACAUUAUAGGCACCACCACCACCAUUUCGCUCAUCAACGGACAGGGUCGAUAUGCUGGUGGACCCAUGACUGAUCUUGCUGUUAUCAAUGUCGAGCAGGGAAAGCGAUAUCGUAUGCGUCUUAUUGCAAUGUCAUGCGACCCUAACUUCCAGUUCUCCAUCGAUGGCCACAACUUAACCAUCAUCGAAGCGGAUGGAGUGCUGACCGAACCUCUGGUGGUAGACCAGCUCCAGAUUUUCGCCGGUCAACGUUACUCUGUGGUUCUUGUAGCCGACAAGCCGGUAGAUAACUACUGGAUAUACAGUCUUCCUAGUUCGAACCUGUCCUCUGCGGGAGGAGUUAACUCUGCAAUCCUGCGCUACAAAGGCGCUGCAACGGCGGACCCGACCACCGUCAAUACGCUGGCCACGAACUCAUUGAAGGAGGCAAACUUGCAUGCUCUGAUCAAUCCCGGUGCUCCUGGUAUUCCGGAGUACGGGAAGGCAGACAUCAACCUCAACCUCACGGUUACCAACACCGGCGGGAUAUUCUAUAUCAAUAAUGUCACAUACCAACCUCCCACAGUUCCUGUCCUUCUCCAAAUUCUCAGUGGAGCUCAAGAGCCGUCUCAGCUACUUCGAAACGACAGUAUUAUCGUUUUACAAGCUAACAAAGUGGUAGAGUUGACAUUGUCAACAACUGGCCCAGGUGGACCCCAUCCGAUACAUCUUCAUGGGCAUGCCUUCGAUGUCGUACAGAGCGCAGGCAAUACUAGUGCCUUCAAUUACGUGAACCCCGUUCGUCGCGACGUGGUAAGCGCUGGCAGCCUCGGACAACAAAUGGUGAUACGAUGGACGACCGACAACUCUGGCCCCUGGUUUUUGCAUUGCCACAUCGACUGGCACCUUGAUGCCGGUUUUGCUGUGGUGAUGGCCGAAAGCCCCUCGGAUACCCGCGCACAUAUUAGUCCCGUGCCAGCUGCUUGGGAUCAGUUGUGUCCGAUCUUCGAUUCCCUGUCUCCUUCCCAGUUGGGGGGUGGGGGUUUCAAAUCUUAUGAAGAAGCAGCUAAUAUUACAACUCUCCUCUUCCCAACAUCGUCCCUCCAUUAA